AUGGCAGCCAGCUUCGCCGACGACGUCCUCAAGCGCGUCUGCGCCGUCGUGGCCAUCCCCACGGCCUACUACGCGAGCAAGGACCCGCGCCUCGCGGCCUAUGCAGUGCUGCCACGAUACAGUGCGGCGCUCUACGUUGGCGUGCUCGGCGCCGUCGCGUCGCACGCGUGUCUGGCCACGUGCUACAAGCGCCUGUACGCUGGCGCCGUCAAGCCAUGGAAGGCCGACGCGCACAGCAUCCACUACGAGCGCGGCCUCGAGCGCUUCCUCGAGCGCAACUACGCCAAGGCCAUCAAGCACUUUACGCGAGCGAUCGAGAGCCGUCCCAGCGAGGGGCUCUACUACGCCCGCCGCGCCGACAGCUACCUCGUGACGUCGGAGCUUCAACUGGCGUACAACGACUAUGUGACGGCGUCGCUCUUAUCGCCCGACGACGACGACGCCACGGCGCGCGUGGCGACGUGUGCUGCCAAGUUCUCAUCGCCGCCCGUGUACGCGCCGGCGACACCGCCGCCAUCUCGAUCCUUCUUUCGUCGGUUCCUCCGGCGCCAUGUACCUGGAACGUCGUCGGCCAAGCCAUGGACGGCCACGGCGCGCGACCUUGUGCUCCUGUUUGCGCUGACGAUUCCAGUCUUUCUCGCAGUGUACGCAUGUGUCUCUAUUGCUGUCGAUACCUCGCUGACUCUGGCGUCGUUUGCUGGCUACUGCUGUCGCGGCGUCGGUCGCCGGGCGUGGCGACACGUGCUGCACCCGACCGGCAUCGCACUCGCCCCACUAGCAACGACGAUAUUCACACUUGUGGGCCAAAGCUUUGAGUUUCUGGCACGACAAAUCGUGGCGAUCCUCGAGUUCGCGCAUGGGCCGUUUGAGCGCAUGCUCGCAGCAAUCUUCCGAGGCGUCGGGAGGCUUUUUGAAUUGCUAACGCACCCGCUUGGGCUCAUGCGCUGGCUCGUCACGACGCCAAUGACGAUGGCAUUAUCUCUGCUCAACGAAGCUGGUCAUGCGCUCAAUGCCGCCAUCAGUCCCGAGAUCAAACGCCGCGUCAUGAGCUUGGCCUCCGACCUCGUCGAAAGCACCUGCAAGGUCGCUCUGCACUGCAUCAGAGGGCUCUGGAACGUCCUCGUUAUCGUUGCCCGAGUCGCGCGCCAACUCGUCACACUAACGUACGAUGUUGCUGUCGCGGUUGGCCUCCCGACCUUGGUGUCUUCCAUCAACCAGCUCGUGGCCUCGCUGUUGGGGAGCGUCUACCAUGUCGUUCAAAGCAUAUGUGGCCUUGUCGCCGAGCUGCUCCAGGGGGUCCUCGGCAUCUUUGGCAGUGUCAUGUUUCAUUUCAAGUAGUAAAUCAAUCGAAUCUACAUUUGAAAUUACCA